AUGACCGCAUCAACCCGCCCUCCGGCUAUCUACUACUACUCCGUCAUCCACGAGCGCUUCGUCUACCUGGAUAUAGAUAAACCGACAACAAUGGAGCCGUCUCCAGUUUCGCAGAAGUCAUCCGACUCCGGCCUCCAUAUUCAGUUGCACCCGCUUGUUCUCCUCACUAUCUCGGAUCAGAUCACUCGGCAUGCCGCCCGGCAGCAGCGAGGUCCAAUUCUUGGUGGUCUUCUCGGACAGCAGAAUGGUCGCGAGAUAACGCUUGAGCAUGCAUUCGAAUGCCCCGUCACCUGCGGGCUCAACAAUGAGACCAUUCUACCAGCAGCAUGGUUCGAAGAGCGCCUACAGCAGUUCAAGGAUGUACACAAGGACCCAGCUCUCGACCUGGUUGGAUGGUGGUCAACUGCUCCAGCCACCGGACCAACUGCUGCACAGCUCCCUCUCCACCGACAGAUCCUCCAGAACUACAACGAAUCCGCCGUUUUCCUCGCCUUCCUCCCUUCCGAGGCCCAAGGCGCGAAUUCGAACGGAGCCAAGCUUCCUCUGACCGUUUACGAGAGUGUCCACGAGGGCGAGAAUGCGCAAGAUGCCAGCAAAGAUAUGCAGGUUGAUGGCGAAGAGCCGGUGCUAAAUGUUAAAUUCCGGGAACUGCCAUACUCAGUGGAGACCGGGGAAUCUGAGAUGAUCGGCAUUGAUACCAUUGUGCAAGGUUCCAGCACUGCUUCUAUGAAUGUCAUCCCAACCCAGGAAUCGAGCAAACAGGCGCAGCAGACAGAGUCCGAGAGCAAGAAGCCAAGCUCCCAGGUUGAACUCACACAGGAGGAGGAAGAGUUAAUCUCAAGCCUCACCACCCGUCUCAACGCAGUCCGCACCCUCGAAACCCGCAUCUCCCUCAUCAAAUCAUACAUCUCGACUCUAUCAGAAUCGGACUUUGCAUCAGACGUGUCAAAGGACAACACGUCCACCACCCAACUGUCCCACCCAACCCUGCGCCAUAUCAAUUCAGUUCUCUCGAACCUCUCCCUCCUCACCCCAGCGGAACAAAGCACCUUCUCCACCGAAGUCCUCUCGCAAAGCAACGACGUGCUGCUAGUCUCGCUCCUCGGCCAACUAGGCGAAAACGUCAAAGCCCUACGCGAACUAGGCCGCAAGACUGCAACCAUCCAGGCUGCACGACAGGUAUCUUCCGCGCGCAAGAAUCCUUCCUCCAUGAUCCAGCGAAGUUUCGACGAGGAGCUCUUUGCUACUGGUAACCAGGGAGGUCCAGAUAGUGGAAUGUACUCGUGA